AUGGCAAACAGCGAGUAUGAGUAUGUGAAGAGGGAGUUCGAGUUCGACCGCCGCCUCCCGGCCUCCAACUGGAUCGUUGUCCGCAUCGAUGGCUGCCAUUUCCACCGAUUCUCGAAGAUACAUGCCUUUGAGAAACCAAAUGAUGAGAAUGCUUUAAGAUUGAUGAAUGCUUGUGCCACCUCUAUGCUUGAGAAGUUCCCUGAUAUAGUGUUUGCUUAUGGUGUUAGCGAUGAGUACAGUUUUGUUUUCAGAGAGGAAACAGAAUUCUAUCAAAGGCGAGAAAGCAAAAUUCUGUCUUUAUGUGUUUCUUACUUCACAUCUUUGUACGGGAUGAAGUGGAAAGAUUUCUUUCCUAAUAAAGAUUUGAGGGAGCCUCCCUAUUUUGAUGGGCGAGUUGUAUGCUAUCCAAAUAUGAAAACCAUUCAUGAUUAUUUGGCAUGGAGGCAAGUGGACUGUCAUAUAAAUAAUCAUUAUAAUACAUGCUUCUGGAUGUUGGUGAAGUCUGGAAAAACUGAAAAAGAGGCACAACAAACAUUGAAGGGAACAUUUUCUAAGGACAAGAAUGAGUUGCUUUCUCAACAGUUCCAAGUCAACUAUGAGGAUGAACCGGCUAUGUUCCGGAAAGGAUCAAGUGUUUAUCGAGAUAAGGUAGAAACAAAGGUGAAAACAGAUGACUACGGGAAUCCCAUAAAAAGAAUCCGGCUGGCAAUUACAGUGUCAAAUUUAGAUAUCAUAGGACCUGAGUUUUGGGAAAAACAUCAAUACAUUCUUCAAGAAGGGAAAUAUAGAUACGAGUAUGUGAAGAAGUUCGACGACAUCCACAGGCUUCCAUGUUGUAAUUGGAUCGUUGUUCGUAUCAGCGCCUGCCAAUUUGACCAAUUCUCGCUGAUCCAUUCAUUUGACAAGCCAAAUGAUGAGACUGCUUUAAGUUUGAUGAACGCUUCUGCUUCUUUGAUGAUGGAGCAAUUCCCUGGUAUUAUCUUUGGUUAUGGUUUUAGCAACGAGUACAGCUUUGUGUUCCAGGAGAACACUGAAUUGUACCAGAGAAAUGAGAGAUUAAUCCUUUCUUCAUGUUCAUCAUGCUUCACUUCCUUUUACAUGAUGAAGUGGAAAGAAUAUUUCCCCAGUAAAGAAUUAGUGCAGCCACCUAAGUUUGAAGCAGAAGUUCUCUGUUACCCAAAACCAAAGAUCGUUUGUGAUUAUUUGUCCUGGAGGCAAGCAGAAUGUCACAACAGGAACCAAUACAAUACAUGCUUUUGGAUGUUAGUGAAAUCUGGAGAAGAGGAAAACAAAGCUAAUGAGAUACUAAAGGGAACAUUAUCAAAGGAUAAGAACGAGUUGCUUUUUCAGCGAUUUCAAAUGAACUACAACAAUGAACCCGCUAUGUUCCGAAAGGGUUCAUGUACUUAUCGUCAAAAGCGCUGCAAAUGGCUGCAGGUGAAAGUGAGCGGAGACGUCGUGAGAGAUGGGUGGGAUGUGGCAGUGACCCACGUUGACAUGAGGCCUGACUUCUGGAGAAAGCAUAUGUCUAUUUUCGACAAAUGA